UUACAGUCAUUGUGCCAAACCAGGAGGGAGGGCGCUGUUUCCCCAUUGCACUGACAGUUGAGGCAGGUGGAAACACUGUUAUGUUAGGAGCACACCGGUGACAGGUGUAGGUGAUGCUUGGUGUCAUGAAACACUGAUGGUCUACUUUUGACUCAAGUAAAGACAUGUGACCUCCAGGAAAUGCUGUGUGCCUAUAAAGUUUUAGCUAAAAACAGUUAAAAAAACAAACAGCAUAUUUUGCCUUCAAAAUAUGAGGACUCGCAGCUUAUCCUCUCGUUGCAGAGCUCAGGCUGAAGCGUGUGGGUCAUGCCUGCAGCUGGCUUGCUUUAUUUUUGUUUUUUAAUCUGCUCCCUGCUGAGUCACUGCUUCCCCUAAACGCCCCGCUUUCGAUUUCCAUUUCCUUUAAAUCGUCUGUCUUCUGGGCGACCAGCAGGUGUCGCUGCUGCGCCUCGUAACUUUUCAGCAGUUUGUCAGAGUUUUUAAGUUGAGAGGAGAAGAGGCGCCGUUUCUAAUGGGAGGGGGUUUUGUUUUUGGUUUUUUUGAAAUUGUAACUUUUACUUUGCUCUUAUGAAAUUCCCACUUCUCCCUGAUUGGAGGAACCGGGAGAAACGUGAUAAAGACAUGAUGUAACCAGGAGAAAUGCAUCAGAGGGCGUGUGGCUGAGAAAGAGCUGGCUUUUUGACUUCUUUGUGCUAAAAAUAGGUGCAUUAGCUCUGGGAUAGAGGCUAAUUUGAAUAGUUAAAAACCGAUUUGCAUAUGCGCUGAAGCCGAUAUGAAAACAAGACGAGCCGCCGAUACGUGCGGUCAGUUUACAUAUAUAAUGAGGGGGGAAAUCGGCUUUUAAGGGUAAAAUGCCUUUUCUGGCCUCACUAUGAUGCAUUAUGCAAAUCAAUAAAGCGCCGUUUGAUUAAAAGUUUGGUUCGUGCUGUCGCGGGGGGGGUUUCCCGUCUGUGAGGUGACGUUACGCGCGGAGGGGGAUUUCCACGCGUCUAGCAGCCAAUCGCGAAGCCUGCCGGAAACACAAAAGCGGAGCACACUUAGUUCCACGCAUGGCUUCGGGACGGUUUGACAUUUCUCCUCGGGAUCAGACAGACACUCUGAGCCGCUGUGCAGUUUAACUGGUGGUUUAAGGAGCUGUUUCAGAGUUCAGGACGAAGGUUUGGGCCGAGACGGAAAAAACCCAGAGUCAUCCGGUUUGGAGAGUUCUCAAGGAAGAAUUCAAGGACACGACGGUGGAGUUUAAGGUCCUCAAAGUGGUCUUAAAGACUGUACGCAUGCCAUGAUAGACAUGGACAUGGUCAACGGUACCUCUGCAGAGGAGACAACACCCCUUCCCGGGAUUGACCCGCAGGACGACAAUUAUUCGAGCCUCAACUCUAUAGAUUUCGACCUGAUUCAAGAAUAUAUCACAGAAAGUGAGCAGGUAGCACCCUCCCUAUCUGGACUACCUGGACCACCUCCUCCACCUGCUGGCCUCCCCUGUUCGACACCAACCCCCAUCCACAAACCAACGCAGACAUCCAAGCCGGUGCUGGUUGCAAGAGGCACCUCGUCUAAGCCAGUCCUCCCUGUCAUGGAUAUGGCAUCGACUCAUCCUUCCUCUGGGCGAGGGUCCUCGUGUUUGCUGAACUCGAAGAACUCCGGCAUCCCGUCCUCUCAGAACCGAGGCGACACGGACAUUCUGGAGCGUGUUCUGGACAAGCCCAAGCUCGCGAUAGUGGAGGAGCCCAAAGACAGAGGCAUGAGGUUUCGCUAUGAAUGUGAAGGACGCUCGGCGGGCAGCAUCCUGGGAGCAUCCAGCACCCACACUGAAAAGACCCUGCCUACGAUAGAGAUUCAGGGUUCCAUCGACGGCUUAAAGAAAGUCAACGUCACAGUUUCUUUGGUGACCAAAGACCUCCCACACCGGCCUCACCCCCACUGCCUCGUGGGUAAAGACUGUCCAAAUGGUACAGGGAUCUGUUUUGUCACAUUCAACCCUCGCAACAACCGACGUCACAGCUUCGCUAACCUUGGUAUUCAGUGUGUGAGGCGGAAAGAGCUGGACAUUUCACUUCAGAAGCGAAGAAGUCUAAAUAUCGACCCAUUUCAGACCGGGCAUUCGAAGGGCAUUGAAGACAUGGACAUGAAUUCAGUGCGUCUGUGCUUUCAGUGCGAGCUCGAGUGGCAGGACGGCAGGAAAGACCAUCUCAGCCCGGUGGUGUCGAAGCCCAUUUAUGACAAGAAGGCAACAACUACAUCACAGCUGAAGAUCACCCAUUUGAACCUGUAUGAAGGUCCCUGCACUGGCAAGACGGAGGUCUACAUGUUGUGUGACAAAGUGCAGAAAGACGACAUCGAGAUCAUCUUCAGGCGAGAGUCGUGGAAGGCGAACGGGGAGUUUGCCCAGACAGACGUGCACCGACAGAUCGCCAUCGUGUUUAAGACUCCGCCCUACGAGGACCAAGACAUCACAGAGGAAGUGGAAGUCAACCUGGCCCUGCGUCGCAUCUCAGACCAGAUGGAGAGCGAGCCCGUUACAUUCAAGUACCUGCCUCGCAAUCCAGACCCGUACGAGGUGAAGCGGAAGACAAGGCUAAAGUCAGAGGUGAACCUCAAGGAGAAGCCCUGUGUGACAGCCAAGAGCGCACCUGCCUCAGAUCAGGUCAUCCAGUUCCUCCCAGAGGCCCAAAACAUGAUGUCGCCACAAGAGCGGUCGCACCCUGUCCUGCCCGGCACACCCGCUGCGGCGGAACCGCGUUACUGCAAUCCAGUCGAUUCAAACACAGACGAGGCGGCCGUUUACAACCAGUUGGUAGACAUGCCUGAAUUUUGGGAGGUCUUCAAUAACCCAAACUUCUCCUCACUCGUGCCUGGCAACUUGGACAUCACUGCCUCCCCCUUUGCUAAUGUGGAUAUGAACUUCAACCAGAACUCCGGCUUCCUGCAGGACUUUUCCCAUUACAGUGACUUGCAAUUCAACAUGCUCGUCAGCGAGAGCCAGAACCCGCAGUUGGAGCCGCAGGAUAGCACGGUUCAGGUGAAAACGGAAGAGGAACUUUGAGGAUCGUGUAGCACAGUUUACAGCUGUUUCUGUCAUCUUUUAACAUCUUGGUCACUUCCUUGCUGACAGUUUUAUGUCACUGCCAUGUGAGCACAUUAAGCUAGUUUACCGCUUCCCCUUGUUUCUAGAACUUGUGCUAAGCUAACAAGCUAUCGCCUGCUUUGUUUUUAGUAUGAGACUGGUACUGAUUAGCGCAGCAGAAAACUGAAACCAUCCUUCAAAAGUGGAUACAAGUGCCAAAAUGCAUAUGCUUGUCUCUCUAGAGUCAAGUUUGAAAAAUCCCAUCAGCCACUUGAACUUUCAUCACAGAAUAUCAUCCAUUUAAUACAUUUCAGAGGUUUUCUCUUGAUUUUUAAUGGAUUUGACUUUAAGUCAAAGGUAUAACUCCUACUUAAGCAAAAUAACACGUUACAUGCUGCUCCGAUGGUCUGAUGACAGUUAAGGCUGCGCAUAGCUCUGCAGGCCGAGAGAUUCCACUUUAACCCCUUUGAUGGCACUGGUUCAGAGCUCCUUUAUCCUUGGCUCAGUGCUCUCAUGCUGGCACACGUAUCCAGUUCAUCCCAGACAAUGGGUGAGAGGUGGGGCUCGCCAUUUACCGUCACACCACUUUAGAAUCGCCGGAGACCCACGCACAACUGUGCUGCUAAGCUGUUUGUUUUAUUGGCUUACUCAUGUCUAAACACAACAAGUUAGUCAGUACUAAACACUUAGCUAAGUUUCACACCAGUGAUCAUCAGUGUCUGAUCUUCUGUGACAACUUACAAUUUAUUUUUUUCCAUCUGAGUGUUUUCUGUUUGAGCUGGCACUCAAAGCAGUUUUUUCACUGUAAGCCACACACACACACACACACACGUCAGAUUCUAUUAAAAGUGGUCCAAGGAAGGAACAAUGGUGAUGCUGUGGCCUCUUUCAGCAGGAUAAUACACCUUGCCACAAGUAAAAAAAGGUUCAGGAACAUUUUAAGCCAUUGACUUGGCCUCCAGAUUUCCCAGAUCUCAGUCUAAUCGAGGAUAUGUGGGAGCUGCUGGAGGUCUGCGCCUCGAUGGGUCAGGGCUAUUUUGGCAGCAAAAGGGGAACCAACACAGCAUUAGGCAGGUGGUCAUAAUAUUGGGCCUGAUCAGCAAGCUGUUUGUUCAGCUUUUUCAGUUCGUUCACUUCUCAUUAGCACACAGGGACCUCCCACUACCAGUCCCCUAUAUUAUGUCGUCUGUCAUUAUCAACUUGAAAUGCUGUCAAAUGUAAAUACAAACUAGUGAAUAUAAAAAUAACAAACGCUUCAGCUAUCUUGAAUCAGAGAAGAAUAUAUGUGGCAUUUUUGGUGCUUGUAUCCACUUGUGAACAAUCUUCCUGUAUUGAGUUAUCUGCUGCGCUUGCUCUGCUAGACUGCAAAACCAUUAUGGAGCAGAGUGCCUUCUUUCCUGCUGCUGCUUUGCACUUUGUUGCCCUGUAUUUAACCCCGUACCUUUUUUUUUCUUUUGCUCCCAAAGCCUUGCUGGCCAAGUCUUCGGGAACAAGUUGGCAUUCCUUAUUUUCCAUAAGUGCUGCAAGCAUUAAUUUAAAGCCUACAUUCAGUGUGGAGUUUAAAAGGAGAACUCAAACUUCUCCACAAAAGCUGUAAACUUCCAUAAUUGCAGUCUGUUUUAAUUGCAAGGUGAGACUAAAAUGGCACGUAUUAAAUGUUUGUGCGACAUUUGUUUUGUUUGCUUAGCUGAAGCUGCCGGCAGCAUAAAAGGGUUUGGUUUUUUUCUUUUAAUCACCAAAAGUCUCAAGUACAGUAGUUGGGGAUCAAUUCUUCUUUGUCCCUGUCUGUUAUUGCUCUCUGUUGGCUGCCACAGCCACUGGCUUGUUUAAUAUUUAAUCAACAUAAAUGUAAUAGAAAACAGCCCUUUUCCUAUUUCUGGCUUUCUUUGUGUCAGUUCCUUUUGUUUGUCAGUUUCGCUCUUGUGCUAAGCAUUCAAAUUUCCAAUCGCACCUUAUCACAUGUCUGCCCACAGUGUAGUGCAGUAGUCGGAGAAAAAUAAAAUGUCUGUGUGUAA